GAUUUUUGAUGUUUUCUUUCCAAUCGUUCUGUAAAUGCCGGUUCGAUUUUUGGUGAAAUUGCAACAAGUAUCAAAGUGUUUAGUGGCUUGAAACGGUGAUAAGUGGUUCCUUAGUAACCGGAAGUGAAAACAGUGCCAGAGAAAUCAUGCCAACGAUCAUCGCAGUGGAUGUUUCGCUGUCGAUGACGCGGCCAGUUCCGGUGGCGGCUUCCGGAGCUGGCCCGUGUGCUGAGGACGGGCUAACCUACCAUCAGUUGGCCGUGCAAGGGGUCCAUAGCAUUCUGGACUAUCUAGCCAAGCAUUCGCGGUUGGAAUUUGUGUCGCUGAUCGUGUACUCCUCGCUGUACGAGGUGAUCGUGGACUUCACCCGGGACUACGAAUCCAUCCAGCAGGCGCUGCACAAGAUCGAACACUAUGACAAAACCAGCCUGGAAAACGUGCUGGUGGCGGUGAACAAUAUGUCCAAGACCCACUGGGGCAGUCAGAACUACUGCCAGAUCAUAUUCAUUACCGACUGUGGGGUCGGUAUGGGACCAAGUUCGCUCAAGAACACCAUCAUCAAUCUGCAGAACUACAAAGCGCAGAGCAGCAGCGCCGGGGUGAAGGUUCCGCUGUCGGAGAACCAGUGGGUAGGAUUUUCCUACCCGAGCAAGCUGACCUUCAUGUGCUUGGGGAACCUGGCCGAUACGGCAUUCAAAUUUGGAUCCAAAUUGUAUCAGCAAUUACUGGACGUCAGCGGUCAGAACGGCCAGAUUUUCAUUCCCAAGUUGAAGAGUCUCUCGAUCGACGACCCCAUCGGUGACGAUGGAGACGAAUUCAACAAGCAGCUCAAUCGGAAGUGCGUUCAGGAAUUGUUUGAGAACAUGUGCGAGCAGAACUACAAGCAAUUUGAAGCGACCCUUCGUUGUGGGGGGUAUUUUCGGCUGGAAGGGGCCAUUAUCAUCUGGCCGGCACCCUUGCCCUACACAUCCAAGGACCUGUUCGGGUCGGAGACGACGAAGAUCAUUGCCAGAAAGUUGGAAGUUUGCGGUUUCAUCAGUCUGUCAGACAUUGGUUCGCCCAUGUCCGUUAGUCGACAUCUGAUUCUGCCGCGUAGCGACGGCGACAAGCGUAUCUCGGCCAAGGAUAGUAAUCUCAACUUGGAGGAAAAGUUGGAAAGCGAUAUCAAAGGGUUCUACGCCAAACCGGACGGUAGUGGUGGCGGUGGCGGUGGAGGUGACAAUGAUGACGACGGACCCUCCGUAGGUGAUGCAACACGGGAGUCGGUCUGCGUCCUGUUGCAUGGGGCUUUGAAAGUGGAGAAUAUGGCGGCUUUGGUGCUUCUCAACGAUAACUGGUAUGGCUUCAUUUAUUCCUACGCGGAUAGCAAGAAGAAGUCCAAUCUGAUGUUGAACGUGUUGCCUCCGGGGAACGACGUGGUACCGUGGUUGGGUGACUUCCGCAACCUGGGAAACCUGGACGAUGCCUUCCCAGGGGAGAAUCCAAGUUUCCCAAUCAAGGCGGAGAAAAGAAGCUACUCGCAGAACAUUGUGGUAUGGAUCCGGCAGGCAGGUUUGCAGUCGGACAUUCAGAAGGUGCUGCGACACGCAAAGAAGCUACCGGAGAAGACGCAGCAUUUCUACAAGGAGCUGAACCGAAUUCGGCGGGCUGCGCUGUCGCUCGGGUUCGUUGAGCUGCUGGAGGGACUGGCGCACAUCUUCGACAGGGAAGCGGCCACUUUGGGUGGCAGUGCCAGUCCGGAUAGUGGCAUACAGCUGAAGCAUGCGGCCAACGAGCUGAGGAAACCGUGCAAUCGGGAUCUGAAGGCGGUAAUACAGGCGUUGCCGACCAAGUAUAAUCAGAUCGCUUAA